AUGCGGAGGUUAUUCCAACAUUCCGACCGGAUGAAAAAUCUAGCAACGUCAAGGGAUGGUUGCAUAAAAUCGACCAAUUGGGCGACGUGUACGGAUGGGACAACAAAGAUCGACAGUUCAUCAUGCAGAUACGUCGUCGAGGGUCGGCUAGAGACUGUGCAGUACACCACAGCAACUAUACUACGGCCAGCCAUCCGCGACCGACUACCACGUGGCGAAGAGCGGACGCCAUUGCUACAAUUGCAAGAGGGAGUGACUUUCAACCGAAGAAAUGUUACGCCUGUCGAAGAGAAGGUCAUGAAGCAAAGGACUGCAAGGUGCCACGCUGCGAGGUGUGCCAUCGCCCGGGUCACACGUCUGCCAGCUGCUGGCAUGCGGCCAGCUCUUCACACCAAAAAGUGCCGUACAGCAGCGACAAACCAGGCGCCAAUAGCAGCGCUGAUCGCCGUGGGACACGGCAUACACAGGAUGGCCGAAUGUUAUCAAUUAAUACUUCCGGUCCUACAUAUACGGCUAGUUCGGGUACACAGCGACCAGGAGUCGUCCUGGUCCACCGUAGUAAAAAAGGGGAGGAAGGGAAAGAAACCUUCCCCCACAGCUGUUGUACCCACUACAGCUUCGCCAAUAGAGCCAAUAGCACCUCAAGCUCCGAAACCGAAGUUGGCUACCACUCGCACGGCUGCAGUAAUCGUAACAUUGCAACCGGACUGGACGGUGGACUUAAGGCUGACGAGCCUAGACGACUCCGUUACUAGAGAAAAGUUAAUCGCCGCUGUCGCUCGCAAGGGGAGUUGA